AUGUUGGGGAAUCGUCAAGCCUUGCUAAUGAUAAUAUCAUUACUAUCUGGUUGUUUCGUUUUAGCUGACGUUAAUUCUGAAGACAAGAGUAGGAUAAUUCCAGACGCUGACAGGAUUGAAAUGACAGUAGGGGAGCCACUAGCUAUAAUAUGCGACGUGCUAGGACCUGUCUCUGACUAUGGGUGGCGGCAAUUCGGCAGCUAUCCAGAAAGCGAGGAAAACUUAAGGAACCUCAGCGACAUUUGGCGCUUCAACGAGACGUAUUUUAGAAUGAGUCUCUAUAUUGAUAAUCUGUUGAUGAGAGACGAGGAAAUUUACCAAUGCUGGGCUAAGGAAUACGAUAAUUCGAUUAUAAGCAGCGACAUUUUGGUUUGGUACGGCGUGGCCCCACUCGCACCGGAAGUGUUCGUCACUGCUUUGGAUGCGCAUAGAUUUUGUGUUAGAUGGAAACUUCCGGAUCUUUCCGACCUAAAGCGGCCUUCGGAGCUGCGCAUACAAUCCCUAGAAAACGGCUCGCGCGAAUGGCAUGACGUAACCACAGUGUCUCCUGUCUCUUUACAAGAUGUCGUUGUCGCAACAGCAGAUAAACGAAACACUGCCUACUGGUUCAAAUUUACUUUCGUAGAAGCACAUUCCCAUUCAAACAACUUAUUUUCGAGGUGGACAAAAACUACGGAGAAAGAUCCUGUAUACGUUCCAAUUGUUUGGGUUAGAGAAACGUCCGUCGAUUCAAUAACGAUUGAAUGGUCGAAGCCACCGCUUGAGAUAGAAAGUUGCUUUGCCGUUUACUUAUUGUGGAUGCACGAGAGAGACGGGAUUGGUGAAUCACAUUUGGAUACAGGCAAAGAGACAUACAGAUACAUUCAUAUAAAAUACACUUAUAUAAAAUUUGAUAAUCUGACAGCUUCAUCCUUCUACGGGUUUCAAUUACGUUUAUGCAUUGAUGGCUAUUGUAAAGAGACUCUUGACGUCGGUCCCCAAUUGGAAGGCAUCGUCCCAAAAGACAGAGACCCAAAAUUUACCCCCAAUGUUUCGGUAUCCGAAACGGGUGAUGAUUCGAUAACGGUUGCGUGGAAGGCACCACCAGUGGACUUGGAAAGCCGCGUUUAUUACUAUAAAUUAGCGUUGCGCACUCACUACUUCGCCUACGAACCACUGUACGUGAACAAAACCCAGAAUUCUCACACUUUUGAAAAUCUUUUGCUGAACACAAGUUAUCGAUUCAAAGUAGCAGCCUGUAGCGACUACAAGACGCAAUGCGGUGAUUGGAGCGAGGAACAAGAAGCUUUUACAUGCAUCACAGGUACAAUAAACGAUAAUGGCUUUUUUCAUCAGAAUUGGCUGAUCAUGGAAGCAAGUGCUAUUAUGUUUGUCAUCGUCAUUGUAUCUCUGCUUGGUUGGAACAUUCGCAGAAAGGCAUUGAAGCGGAAGUUGAUAAAAGCAAGGCUAGAGUACUUCAAUUUCGGGACUACAGCUUCUCUGGAUCCAGAAUUGGCUGUGAGUGAUCAGGCUGAGCUACUGCCGUAUAACAAGAAAUGGGAAUUUCCACGCCAUCUAUUGAAACUUGACGAAAUACUAGGAAGCGGAGAAUUCGGCGUAGUGAGGAAGGCACAGGCAACAACCAUUUGCUCACGCGAAACAGUCACAACAGUUGCGGUGAAGACGGUCCGACCGACGGCCAACCUGAACUGCAUGAAGGCCCUUCUUCGCGAACUCAGGAUUCUCGUUUACCUGGGUCAACAUCUGAACAUUGUCAACCUCCUAGGCGCGUGUACCAAAGAUCUUGAUUAUGGCGAACUCUUCGUCAUUGUCGAAUACUGUCGGUACGGGAAUUUACACGACUACUUGAUACGCCGCAGAGUCAAUUUCGUCGAUCAAUUGGACAGUUCCAGAAAGAAAAAUUCCGUUUCGAUUGCCUAUGAAGAUAAGAUCAAUGUCGAUGAUGUUGGUACAAAGACGGAUGGAAAUUCCGAUGGCAGUUCAACAACGAUGAACAGAUCGAACAACAUUACUUCCACGAUUACAGAUGAGAGAGUAGACAACUAUUUUACCAAUGUUAUUUCACAUGUUAUUUCACCGGAACUCAACACGCCAUUAAAGUACCCAGGCGAUCGGACAGAUUUUAACUCAAGGCUGACAUGCACGUAUGACUUGGUGUGUUGGGCUUGGCAGGUUUCAUGUGGCAUGCAGUAUCUCAGCGCGAAAAAGAUCAUACACGGCGACUUGGCAACGAGGAAUAUACUUCUCUCCGAUAACAAUGUAGUGAAGAUCUGUGACUUUGGUUUAUCCAAGUCUCUUCGGGAAGAAGAGAAUCAGAAGAGCACGGAGAAUGGUCCUCUUCCUGUGAAGUGGAUGGCCAUCGAGUCGCUGAGAGAUCGAGUAUUUUCCACCAAAUCGGACGUCUGGUCUUUCGGGGUCGUUUUGUGGGAACUGUUUUCUUUGGCGAGAACUCCUUACCCCCUGAUAAGACCUGAGGAUAUGUGCAGUAAACUAACCGAAGGUUAUCGGAUGGAGAAACCGCAAUAUGCACCGAGAAUUAUGUAUCAAAUGAUGCUUCGUUGCUGGAAAGUGGAACCAUCGGAAAGACCUUCGUUCGAAAAGCUGACGAUUGACAUAUCUGAGCUGAUUGAAGAGCAGAUGAAAACGUAUUACCUGGAGUUGGGCAAUCCCUACACCAGGAUUUAUGCCGAUAUUUGGAAACGUGAAAGAGAGACUACGGCAAGUGUGGAAGAAUCAGGCACUCUCGGAGAAGAUUGUUAA